AAUUAACUCUGCAGCGCCAUCGUGAGUCUAGCCUCAAAACGCUGGGUGGGGAGAGAGAGGUGGUCCUUGCAGUAAACGAAUGCGAUAUAGAAUAAACACAAAUACACAUACCGGAAUGUCCUUUUAAUUAGAAGUGAUAGAAGAGGACAGGAAAAUCCAAAAUGAGUUUGACUUCCUGGUUCCUGGUGAAUAGCGGGGGCACAAGGCACCGCCUUCCCCGGGAGAUGAUCUUUGUGGGACGGGAUGACUGUGAGCUCAUGCUUCAGUCACGUAGUGUGGACAAACAGCAUGCUGUUAUCAACUAUGAACCUUCUACAGAUGAACAUAAAGUAAAAGAUCUGGGCAGUCUUAAUGGGACAUUUGUAAAUGAUGUGAGGAUACAAGAGCAGCAGUACAUCACUCUAAAAAUCGACGACAAACUGAGAUUUGGCUAUGAUACCAACCUGUUCACAGUUGUGCGUGGGGAACUACAUGUACCAGAAGAAGCACUGAGGCAUGAAAAGUUUUCCAGUCAGCUUCAGAUAGCUAAAAAGCCGUCUUCAACAGUGGACAGUUACAGAAACUCUGAGACCGCAGGAGCUGAGGGUGGUAAAGAGGCAGCAGUAAAACUUCCAGAACCAUCACUCAAACGAGAAGAGAAGGUGACAGCAGGAGACGUUGCUGUGCUACCCAGAGGAACUCCUCUGUAUGGACAGCCUUCAUGGUGGGGGGAUGCAGAUGAUGAAAACUUGGAAAAGCAUGAUACGAAAGCCUCUGACCCCAGACAGUUCAAGUGUGAACCAGGCAGUAACAUCAUAGUAAAGCCACAGGAGGUUCCUGCAACCGUGGCACAGAUGUCUACAGCCCAAGAACCCAGUUACUUUGAGAUCCCCUCUAAAGAAGCCAUUUCACUGGAGAGCACCAGUGAGAAUUUCCCUUUAACUGAAGAAGGAGCUGCAGCAAUAUCCACUGACCAUGUACCUGAAGGCAGCACCCAUGGUCAUGCCUCAUUCACCAUUGAGUUUAACACAGUGGCUUCAAGCAAAGGCACAGAACGAAGCACCAAGGGGGGCCAAGGGCAUCGUUCACGGCCAAAGCGAGAAACAGGGGAAGAACUAAAUGCCCUACAGGCUGCCAUGGUUGCAGCGGAAGUGAAGGUGGCGGAUUGGCUUGCACAGAAUGAUUUACCACUGGCACUGACAGAAUCUUUACCUGACGAUGAUGGAGAUAGCGUGAAGAGUGAUGUGCCUGUCCAGAUAAGAAGUCUCAGAGGCAGUAAACAUGAGGAUGGUACUCAGAGUGACUCAGAGAAUGCCUUAAGUGAGCAGCUCAGCAGCCAGGCAGCAUCCCAACAGGACAGAGGCCAAUCGACAUUCUGCAGCAGAGGAGGCCUCUUCCAAAGCAAACCGUCACCUUUUUCAAAAAAGAUGCUUCCAAUGGAGAAUGAAACAGACAAGGAACAAACAAGGAACCAUUUGUCCCCAUCUUUGACCAUCAGACAGCAUGGCAAACAACAGGAAGGCCCUCAAAGAAGUCAGACAGAUGACCAAAGUGACAGGGGAACCUACACCAUUAAACUGGGAAACAGUAAUACAGAGGAAGAUGAAGCCAGAUGCAUUAUUGACAAGGUAUUCAGGGUGGAGGAUAACCAAGCCCUGACGAGGUUGCGUUACCCAGAGCACCAGAGGGACAAAGAUAGUGUAUGGACAAAGCCUGGAGCCAUAGAGCCUAGUCACAUUGACCACACCAGUUUGUUGUCUGAUGACCUAGUCGUUGUUGGUGGUCCAAGGUGGGUCUCUCAGUGGGCCAGUCUAGCUGCAAGUCACAUACGGACAGACCCUGAGGGCUCUGGGGCUGAAUGUACUGCGAUUGGCACUGGUGAAAAAGGUAAUAGUGAGGCAGAGCUUCCCAGAAAAUUCAACACCUAUGUCUCAUCAUGUCAAUCACAGCAUAAGCAGGCCUUCCCACCAGACUCACCCGAAAACUCUGACAUGGACACAGUAGCCACUGAGGGACAGAAGUUCCAGCACAGAUACAUGGCAGCUUUAUCUGAAAAACAGGAUCAAGAAUUCCAGGACAAAGAAGGCCAACUCCAUGGAGUAUCCAAAGCUAGACACAGAGUGGCAGGAGUUACUCAAUCAGCCAUAGACAGGACUAGGGUGAGUAAGAGAACUACCACCAAAAGCAAAGAGGUAAGGCAAAAGCCUAAGUUCAGUGAUCAGAUACCUCACACCAGUCCAGGGGGUGGCAAAAAAAGUCGAGAUAAGAAGGAAAAGAGCAGAGAAGAGGACAAGAAGGCAUCAGGAAAGCCUUUGCUGAGGCAGGAGAGCUUCACUGUGGAGAAACCCAGUGCCCAUGUGCCUGUGGAACUUAUUCCAUGCAUUGAUGGACCUGGUACAACAAGUCACAUGGACGUAGGCAGUAUCAGUAAAGGCACUGGGGCUGCCACUUUGCUAAAGGAUUCUGAAGCUGUGAUAGCCUUUCUGGAAAACAGUCUUCCAGACCAAACAGACACACCCAGUUUCUCCUUGGAGGGUUCAGUUUCCCCAGAAUCUGAUAUAGAUACCACCAGUACUGUGAGUCAAGCUGGAGGAGAGGGAGGAAGCAAGGUGGCCCAGACAAAACCCUCAAGCAGUGGUCAGAUAUGUAACAAAUCCAAGAUCAUGAGUGGAACAAAAGUCAAGUCUCAUCCACGUGUACCAAAUCAUUCACAUUCACGUGCAUGGGCUUCACUUGACUUGACAGAUGAUGACUUAAACUCGUCUAUUGCACAAGACACUUAUGCUGCGCAGGUUCAUAAUCGGAGUAAAACUGUCAAACUGAGAACAGAAGCUAGUAGUAGCAGAGCCAACGAAGCAAAAUCAAAGACAGCAGCUCCUGCCUAUUCUGUAUCCAGACCUGCCUCAAUGUGCCAGCCCAGGCCCACUCGUGCGUCUCUGCUUCGCCGUGCUCGACUUGGAGAUUCUUGUGACACAGACCUAGCUGAUAUGGAUCGGAUGUCUGUUGCAUCUGAAGCGUCCACUACCAGCUCUGCCUCCAGACCCUCAGCUGGACGGAGGACACUGUCCCGAAUAGAGGCACUGGCUCAGCCGCGGAGGCCAAGAGUUAGCUCUCCUUCAGCACGGAGUGACUCAGAAGCCACAUCAGGACGAGUCAAGGGGUUUGCCUCACAUCCAGGUCCAGACAGUACACUACAACUGGGCUUCCAGUCCUCAUCGGUGCCCAGAGCUAGAGCCAGCAGCACUUCCAAAGUACCGGAUAAGUUGGCAGGAAAAUCCUUUCUUCAGGGCACUACUACAACUGGUGGGAGGUGGCGGCAUGUGCCUGUUGAGUAUGCAUCUACUUCAGAAGAUGAAUUUGGCUCCAACCGUCACCCAACCAAACGCACACAGCCACGAAGAAUAGCCUCACGGGUCAUCCAGCUGGGGGGAUCAGCUCCUGCCACACCCAGCCCAGGAUCCAUGCUCAGACACCAGUCAAGUAGAGAACAGGAUGAGUAUAUGAGAGACUGGACUGCCCACAGUGAGGAAAUUGCCAGAAUAAGUCAAGACUUGGCAAAAGAUCUAGCCAUGUUAGCCCAAGAAAUCCAUGAUGUAGCUGGAGAGAUUGACUCAGCCAGUCCCUCUUCUGCACCCUCUGCUUUGAUUGAGGGGCGAGUGCUUGUGGAUAGGUUAAGCAGCAGUCCAGAUAUCAGCUGCACAGCUGUUGAAUUGAGACCUCGAAGCUCCAGCAACCAAGAGCCACGAGCCAUCCGUCGUCAGACCUGGAACAGAGAUGAGGCUGUGCUAGACAGUUUGGUAUUGGCAUCUGUUUCUCAACUCUCAGCUAAAAUCAGACAAGGAGUGGACAAGACAGCCAGCAAAAUCAGAAUUUUGUUCAAAGAUAAAGACAAAAAGUGGGCCGAACUCGAGAGCAAACUGCUGAUGGAAAAUGAGGUGCCACUCCUCAAGACGUCCAACCAGCAAUCACACCACUGGACUAGGCUGGACCACAGCCUCCAGGCUGAAGCAGAGGAGGCUCUGGCUGGCAAACAGGAGAUCUCCUCCAUCCUUAAAGACCUGAAGCAAGUUGAGAGACAGCUGUUAGUCAUUGACAUCAUGCUGGAUCCUGAUGGCACUCUGGAUGCUCUGACCAAUUUGGGUAUCACCAGCCCUCUUGUGACUGAGAUUAGGGUGAGUCCGGGUGCCCAGAACCAAAGUGGAAGCCAUCGGGAUGGGGAGGGAUCAGCCAGUACCCCCAUGUUUUUCUCAGCUGAGCAAGAUCUUGGUCUAAUGACUAAAGUACAGAGCAAUACAAUCCAAAAAUGAUGACGUCUGUGAUUUUACACAGAGAAGAUGCACCAUGGACAUAUGCCCUUUUGAACACAUCUGAACCAACAAAAACUUAAUUAGCAUGGAUAUGUAUUUUUCUGUUAUGCUACAAAUCUGUCCUGUCACAAUAAUGUUGCAUUUAAAAGUUUGCUUCAGCUAUUCCAAGUGACUUGGGACAUUGCCCAACAUUUUAAAAAUAUUUUAGAAUUACUUAAGAUCUCUUCUGAACAGCACUGCAAAAGAAAAAGGUUUUGCUUCUUCUAUUUUUGCUAAUUUGUCACAUUUAAAUGUUUUAGAUCAUCCAACUAAUUUUAAUAUAAGAUAAAAGAUAGAUAGAUAGAUAGAUAAAAGAUAAAGACAACGCAAAUAAACACAACAUGGUGUCUUCCAAAAAGUUCCCCCUUCGACUCAUCAGUCCACAGAAUUUUAAUCCAUAACUCUUGAGGGUGAUUUAAAUGUUUUGGGACAAAUGCCAUUUUUUCCCCAGAAACCUUCUUAUUGUGGAAUCAUGUACAUUGAUCUUCACUGAGGCAAGUGAGGCCUGCAGUUCAUCUGGGUUCUUUUUGGAAUUUUGGUAGGCUAGCCGCUCCUGAGAAGGUUCACCACUGUUCCAGAAUUUCUGCAUUUGUGGAUAACAGCUCUCUCUCUUGAAGUACAGAUUUUUUGCUGUAAAAGUAAUGGGCAAGACAUUUUUUUCUUUUUACAAUAUCGCUAUUAAAUAUGUGUUAUUGCUCAGUACAAAACAAUAUUUUUUUCUGUGAAAUUUGCAGUAAACACUAGCAGAUAUAUAUUGGAUUAAAAAAAACAGUAUUGCCAUACACUAUAUAAUAUAAUUCUAUAAAUACAGCAACCUUACUGUAAAACACAGGCAGCUGUGAUUGCCAGAAAUACCUUAAAGUAUGAACUUGAAAACUGAAAAUACUAUAAUGCAAUUCAGCAUACUUGUAAAAAGUAUUUUCUCCAAAUAAAUUGCCAUUACACUUUUGAAGGUAGAUAGUUUUAAUUACAGCAAAACUUAAAUCGAUUUUGCAAUCGUUACUGUAAAAAUCACAAAAUAGUUUUUGUAUUGCUAUGUAUGGUCUGUUGAUAUUUUGGAUAUGGUAAAUUCCAAUUUUAAUUAUUUUUUUUGCUAUUUAUCAGUAUUUCCACAUACAUUUCAGAGACAUUUCUACAAUGUAAUCAUGCCUGGGCAUGGCUAGUGAAAUUGAUCCCAGUAGUCAAUUGAAUUUGGUUAAUGGUUUGAUUUACUCAGGGGCCAUUACUUUUUCACAUAGGGCCAAACAAGGCUGGCCAGCAUUUUUACUUCAAUUUAUGAAACCACCAUUUAAAAAUAGUAUUUUGUGUUUACUUGCAUUAACUUUGUCUAAUAUUAAAAGUAGUCAAUGAUCUGAAACAUUCAACUACAACAAAUAUGCAAAAUAGAAUAAGCUGGGAAGGAGGCAAAUACUCUUUCACAGCACUGUUUUCUUCCUUAUAUUCAGUUAUUUUAUAGAUGUAUUUAUUACUAUAUUUCUUCCAGUAGGUAACUGUUAAUGGAAAGUAGUUGAUAUUUUGCCUCCAGGGACUGAUAGAGUUAAGAAAAUUCAAGUAAUAUGAUUUAAAAGACAAUAUAUGACAAGCUUGGUGCUGGAAAUAUCCCUGAGGCAAAGCUGAUUUCUGUCUGCUAUGUCAAAUUAAUUAAUGAGCAAAUGCUUAAAAAUGACCAACUGAUAAGAAGUAUAACAGUAAUAUUUAUGGAGUUUAUGAAGUUUGUUGUUGUUUUGGUGUUGUCUUGAUAUUUUUCAGCUCUCUGUUACAGUAAAAUGUACAAAUCAUUUAUUUUGAUGUGAACUACUUUUAUUGUGGCUAUAGCACAUUUAUUCCUUGUCUAUUGCUGGAAUCUUAUUUUGCAGGGCCAAUUUGUAUUUUUUGACAUAAGAUUUAAUAUAGAAUUUUGCUGCUUAUCUCUAAUAAUACCUGCUUCACUUUCACCCUAAUUAUUAUAUUUCGUCGUUUGUUGUGUCGUAAAGUGCCCAUGAUUAAAAUCAAUUGAACAUUAA